GUAUCUCCACCUCUAUAUCGGACACAUUCAACAAGUGCAAUUUGUAAAAUAAAAACGCAGCGGCAGUAAAAAGCGGAACCCAUAAUUAAUUCCAUAAACUCGCCGCGUGACCAACAAAUAAAAUCAUUUUGCUGUGUAAUGUUGGCCAAACUAUAACAAACCGAGAAAAAGUGGAAAACAAGAAGCGGAUGUGUCCACCAUACCGAACGUAUAGAAAACAUAUUGCAAGAUAGAGAUAGCAAUAGAGAAAGAUACUUGCGGGAGAGAGCGCGAGUGGCUGUGUGUGUGUGUGUUUUUUGUUAUUUGGAGAUAUUUAUGCAUGUUUUUCGUUUGUUUAGAAAACACGAAAUAAAGUGAAUGCAAUGAGUUGCUUUAGUGCAAUGAAUACGCCCCUCUUGGGCGAAAUGGAGCAAACGAUUUGUAUGCUGGAGCGCGGCACAAUUGUGACGAAAUUAUAUGGGAAACAACGACGCCCCGAGCGUCGCCAUCUCAUGCUGAUCAGAGAGACCCGUCAGCUGUUAUGGUCAACGGUGGCGGCGCACACACGCACCGACUACGAGGGCACAAUACAGUUGCGCGAAAUCUGUGAGAUACGUGUGGGCAAGAACUCCAAGGAGUUUCGACUGCAUGCCGACGAUUGUCAGCGCUUCGAGAGCAGCAAAUGCUUUGUGAUCAUGUAUGGCAACAGUUUCAAACUGAAGAGCUUUUCGGUGGUGGCGCUCUCUGAGAUCGAGGCGGACAAUUGGGUGCGUGGAUUGCGGUAUAUGGUGAAGGAUACGAUUAAUGCCCCAUAUCCGUUGCAAAUAGAUCGCUGGUUGCGUCGCGAGUAUUAUUCUUUUGAGAAUUGCAAUUCACAUCUGACGAAAUCGGAGCAAAACAGUCAGGUGACCAUUAAGGAUUUCAAGACAUUCUUGGCCAGCGUCAGCUGCAAGAUGAGCACCAGCAAGUUUAUGGAAUGCUUCACCGAUGACAUACGCCGCAAACAUGAUCUCAAAUUCGAUGAUUUUUCACGUCUAUAUCAGAAACUCUUGUUGCCCGCGAACUUUGUGAAUCUAUUGUGCGGCAGCGAAUUCAAUUAUUCAGAGGAUAAGAAACAAUUGCGACCGUUGGAGUUUAAACGGUUUCUGGAGAGCGAACAGCGGGAUUACAGUGUCGGUGACUUGGGCAGCAUAUCUGGUUUUAUGCGCGAUUUCGUGCAGGAUGUGGAACGUGAUGUGCAGGAACCAUUUCUGACCAUCGCCGAGUUCGUGGACUAUUUGUUCUCGAAGCAGAACGAUCUGUGGGACACGAAAUAUGACAGCAUCUUCAUGGACAUGAAUCAACCGUUGUCCUCAUAUUGGAUUGCCUCAUCGCACAACACAUAUCUGACGGGCGAUCAGUUCUCCAGCGAAUCCUCUUGCGAGGCCUAUGCUCGUGCCUUGCGCAUGGGCUGUCGCUGCAUUGAGCUGGACUGCUGGAACGGUCCCGACAAUUUGCCGUACAUCUUUCACGGGCACACGAUGACAUCGAAAAUCAAAUUCAUGGAUGUGAUCAAAACGAUCAAGGAUCAUGCGUUCACAACGUCCGAGUAUCCGGUGAUCUUGUCCAUUGAACAGAACUGCUCUUUAGAGCAGCAGCGCAACAUGGCACAUGCGCUUAUCGAAGUUUUUGGGGACAUGCUGCUGACGCAGCCCUGCGAUCGCAAUGAGGUGCACUUGCCAUCGCCAUAUCAACUGCGUCGCAAGAUCAUACUGAAGCACAAGAAGUUGCCGCAAUUCGAUGAAAAUCUGCCGGCAGUUGGUGUCAACAAUGGCACGAUUGCGGCGUUCAGUCAUCGUUCAUCGCUGGGCGGCACCACCGAUGAUGGCGAUAAUAUGCAGAAGAUCCUGAAAAAGGGAUUGCUAUACUUCAAGGAUCCCGUGGACAAAUCGUGGAACCUCUAUCAGUUUGUGCUCACACAACAGGAGUUGAUCUACACCUCGGAGAUAAAUGAGGGUCGCAAUGGCAACUCCGAGGAUGAUGAUUUUGGCCUCUCGGCGUGCACAUUGAACAGCAACAUGCAGCAGAAGCAAAAGGACACAUCGGCCAACGAUGAGCUGCACUUUGGCGAGAACUGGUUCCAUGGCAAACUCGAGGGCGGCAGGCCGGAAGCUGAUCAACUGCUGGAGAAGUACAAGCAUCUGGGCGAUGGCACAUUUCUGGUGCGCGAAUCCGCCACAUUUGUGGGUGAUUAUAGUUUGUCGUUCUGGCGACGCAAUAGUCCCAAUCAUUGUCGCAUCAAGUCGAAACAUGAGAAUGGCUCGAAAAAGUAUUAUCUCGUUGAGAAUUUUGUCUUCGAUUCGCUGUACUCGCUGAUUGUGUACUAUCGCAAGAAUAUGCUGCGCAGCUCCGAGUUCUCCAUCAUACUGAAGGAGCCGGUGCCGCAGCCUAAGAAACACGAGAGCCAGGAAUGGUUUCACCCAAGCACAACCAAAGAGCAGGCUGACAAGGGGCUGUUUAAGCUGGACAUCGGUUCGUUUUUGGUGCGACCUUCGGUGCAAAGCGCCAAUGCAUUUGUCAUCUCAUUCACGAUCAAUCGCAAGAUCAAACAUUGUCGCAUCAUGCAGGAGGGACGUCUCUAUGCCAUCGAUACACUGCAAUUCGAAUCGCUUGUCUCGCUCAUCCAUUAUUAUAUGCGCAAUCCGCUGUAUCGCAAUGUAAAGUUGAUGCAUCCAGUGUCGCAGGAGCUGUUGCGACAGACGCUCAUCGAGAAUGCGCAGCUGCAUAGCGAGCAUGGCGGCGGCGGUGAUAGCAAUGGUGCCUCCAACUAUAUGGGAUCCAAUCUGGAGGAGUAUGUCACCUGCAAAGCAUUGUACAGCUACAAGGCGGAUAAGCCCGAUGAACUGUCGUUUCCCAAGCACGCCAUCAUCACGAAUGUCCAACGGAACAAUUCGAUGUGGUGGAAGGGCGAUUACGGUGGUAUGAUCCAACACCAUCUGCCGGCCAACUACGUUAAGGUGAUUGAUUCGGCGACAGAAGAUUACAAUUCGGUGAACGAGGAGGGCAACGAUGGACGCACCGAUUCCAUUGAGAUUUACGGUGCGGUCGCCUCGCUCUUUGAGUCCAACGAGCCGGGCAUUAUCAUCAAGCUGCAGAUACAAACGCCAACGAUGCAGAAUCCCUUCAUCAUUGGCUUUGACAUACAGGAGACGGCAUACGAGUGGAUCAAGGCGAUACAGGAUGCGGCGUUGAUUGCCAGCCAGCUGGCAACGGAGCGUCGCAAAAAGGAGCGUACAGCGCGUGUGGCCAAAGAGAUGUCCGAUUUGAUCAUCUAUUUCCGUAGCGUACCGUUCCGCGAUCACUCGUGGAUCUUUCAGGAGAUGUCCAGUUUCCCCGAAACAAAGGCCGAGAAGCAGUUCAUCCAACAGAAUAUGCCGCUAUUUCUUUCGUAUCAUCGCAAUCAAAUCAGUCGCGUCUAUCCGAAGGGUCAGCGUCUUGACUCGUCCAAUUUCAAUCCGGUGCCGUUCUGGAACAUUGGCUCCCAGAUGAUUGCACUCAAUUAUCAGACAGGCGACAAGGCCAUGCAGCUGAAUCAGGCCAAGUUUCGGAAUAAUGGACAAUGCGGUUACAUUUUGAAACCCACGUUCAUGCGCUACGAUAAUUUCAAUCCAAACAAUCCACUGUCCGAGGGCCUCACCGAGAUCAAGGUGAAUAUGCGCAUUAUUGCGGCACGGCAUCUGUUCCGUGGUGGCAAAUCGAAUAAUCCGCAGAUUGUGGUCGAGAUCGUUGGCGCCAGCUUUGACAGCGGCAUCAAGUAUCGCACCAAGGUGAAUGAGAACGGAUUCAAUCCGAUUUGGAAUGAAUCGUUCGAGUUCACCGUCCACAAUCCGCAGUUCGCUCUGCUGCGCUUCGAGGUGCAGGACGAGGAUAUGUUUGCCGAAACGCAUUUCAAUGCGCAGGCCUGUUAUCCUUUGUCCUGCAUCCGUCAGGGAUAUCGCAGUGUCAUAUUGCGCAAUAAGUUCAGCGAAGAACUCGAACUGUCGUCACUGUUGGUCUACGUUGAGCUCAUUAAUAGGACAUCCACUUGACCUUUGCGUUAAGUUCGCCCAAAAAGAAACGUAUCAAGUAUUGCAUCACACAUAUCUAUAAAAAAAAAACACACACACACAUAUACAUAUCUCGUUAAGCUGAUUCUCAUGGUAAGCACAUUCUUAGCAACGU